ACAUUGGAUAAAUUCAAGCUUCGCAUUCAAUCAGUACAAUACUUACAGAGAAAGUAUCUUGCUAGUAACAGCUCAUUAUUAGCGCAGGUUUUAGGCUCAUAACACCGUCAUUUUUUAUUGAAAAAUCAUCGUUUCCAAGCGUCCAUCACUAUUGUUCCGGAUGAACUUCCUCCGACAGGAGCAACCGGCUGGCAUGCCUCAUAUCUCCAUCAAGCUGCUCCGAGUGUUUGGCGUUACUGGCCGUCCAGAGGAACGCUUUCGCAUUCUGCCGGUUAUGAUGACCUACGUUUUCUGCAUAGUAGUGCCCAAGUGCUUCUACGGAUACCCCAAUCAGGAGAUAGCCAUCAUUGGCAUAGCCGAGCUGUUUUUCUUAACCAACUCGUUUUGUGGAAUGUUUCUGUUGUUUCUGAACAGACAUAAGCUAGCUGAAUUUAUUAGACAUGUACGAACUUUUUCUCUAACGGUUCUCCAAGAGUCACCUCCCGCGGUGGUCCAGCAUUUGACGACCCAGCACGACUUCAUCCACAAGAUAACCCGAAUCUAUUGCAUCGUAGUGAUGUUUGCAGCCCAUUUCUACGUGCUAACUCCCUUUCUCUCAACCCUCUACGCGUUCUACGGUACGGUACGGAACGAAAACGCAACAAUGCACUUUGCACUGCAAAUUGAGGAAAACUUCUAUGGACUUCAGACUCGCACGACGACUUCGCACUACUUGCUCUUCGGCAUGAUCAUGACGCCUACCGUCUAUCUCUGCGCAUUCACCGGCACGGUGAAAACUGUGACCAUCUGUGACACUACCAUCCAUUGUAUCCUUUACUUUCAACUGGUACAACUAAAGCUACGGAUCGUGACGCAGGACAACACGUUCCGCCAGGAGUUGAAGACGGUUGUGAAGAUGCAUCAGGAUGCACUUAACUGUGCAAGCCUGCUUGAAUCUAUCACGUCACUGGUGCUGUUGCUCCAGCUGAUUCUAUGCGUAUUGAUCUGGAGCUCAAUGCUCCUUUACUUCACCGUGUCAGGAUUCGAUCUAAAUUUUAUUAGCCUGAUUGUCCUGUUCGUGUUCGAUACAACGGAAACCUUUGCCUACUGUUAUCUUGGGGAACUGCUAUCGUACGAGAGUGCUCGUAUAGCACACAUCGUUUACAAAAGCGGCUGGGAGCAACAAAACACGUACGUACAAAAAGAUCUUCAGCUAAUUAUCGCGCGCGCACAAAGGCCUGUUGGCAUUACCGCUGGCAAAUUUUGCUACAUGAACAUGGUACAACUUGGCAUUAUAGUGAAAACUACCUACUCUUUCUUUGUUAUAUUGAGGGAUCUGAUUUAACUUCGUAUGUUUACGCUCUGCAAUUGUAUCGAUUUUGAAUCACAUGUACUAGUGUUAGUGUGGUG